AUGAAUAUUUCAGAUGCUUCGUUGCCAGGAGAUAUUACCAUGCUGGAUAAAGCAUCCCUUAUAUGUACAUUAGUUAUGCUAUGGAUGUGUUUGUGCGGAAUCAUUGGUAAUAUGCUAUCUUUAUAUAUCUACAGUUGUUCAUCAUUCCGCAAUUGCUCCAUUAAUAUUUUGCUUGCUGCUCUCAGUGCCUCUGAUCUUUUUCUUUGUAUACUUGCAAUUCCGGUUUUUUCCCUUCCUCAAAUUCAACAGUAUUUUGCAGAUCUUUCAAGAUACAUAUCAGGAAAUAUUGUAAUAUAUGCAUAUCCGGUAACAUUGAUGUUUCAAAGUCUCUCUGUAUGGUUAUUAGUUAGUAUUACGAUAGAUCGCUAUUUGGCUGUUUGUCAUCCGUUUACAGCUCGUAUUUACUGUACAAAGAAAAGAGCAUGGCAAAUAGUAAUAAUAAUAAUAGCAUUUUCUAUUGCUUACAAUUUCGUCCGUUUUUGGGAAUUUCGAAUUGACGAAUCUGCAGAAUAUCUAUUAUUUCAAGAAUCUAUUGUACCAAAACUUCGUUCUAACCCAAUGUUUAUGCUACUUUAUCAAAAUAUUGCUACGCUUCUCACACAAUUUUUUAUACCGCUCAUAUUACUUUUUUAUCUUAAUCUUCAUGUAGCGCAAACUAUAUUGGUAGCAACAGAACAGAGGAAAAAAUUAGUUGCAUCUGAAAGACGAGAAUAUAGUAUUGCCAAAAUGAUGAUUUGCAUUGUGAUUGUGUUUAUAUUUUGUUACACAUUGAGUAUGGUAUUAAAUCUAAUUGAAGUCUUCAAUGGAGAACUGUUUCGACAGCCCAUUGGUUAUUUGCUAAAUGAUGUAAACAAUAUCCUAGUUGUUAUCAACUCUUCAUCUUCAUUCAUAUUUUAUAUUAAAUACUCAACUCGGUAA